UUGGAGCAGAAGGACGCACUGAGGAGCAGCUCUGGGUGUCCAUCUCUUCUUCUACACUUUUCUGCUUCUUUUUUUUAUCGCUCAACUUGCAGCUGCACCGCUGUUAUCAUUUCAGGGUUUUCUUUUUUUAUUUGCAACAUGGGCUCCGUGUUACCCGCCGACGCUUUGGCUCUCAAGUCUGGAUUUAAGUGUCCGAGCCGCUCGCUGUCAGACGUGAUCACCUCGGACAUCCUGCACAGCUUCUUGUACGGCAGGUGGAGGAACGUGCUGGGCGAACACCUGGCGGAGGAGCGGCACAGCGGCAGCAGCGGCAGCAGCGGCAGCCCCAAGACCGCCUUCACCGCCGAGGUGCUGGCUCAGUCCUUCGUCGGAGAGGUGCAGAAGCUGUCCAGCCUGGUGCUGCCCAGUGAAGUGAUCAUCGCUCAGAGCUCAAUCCCUGGAGAAGGUCUGGGCAUCUUCUCAAAGACCUGGAUCAAAGCAGGAACCGAGAUGGGCCCGUUCACAGGGAGAGUCCUGUCCCCGGAGCACGUGGACCUGCUCAAGAAUAACAACCUCAUGUGGGAGGUGUUCAAUGAAGACGGCACGGUGCGCUACUUCAUCGAUGCCAGCCAGGAGGACCAACGCAGCUGGAUGACUUACAUAAAGUGCGCCCGGAAUGAGCAGGAGCAAAACCUGGAGGUGGUGCAGAUCGGCAGCAGCAUCUUCUACAAGGCGGUUGAGACCAUCCCACCAGACCAGGAGCUUCUUGUAUGGUAUGGAAACACCCACAACACGUUUCUCGGAAUCCCUGGAGUUCCGGGAAUAGACGAAGAACACCUGAAGAAAAGCAAGAGUGAUGACUCCCACUCCUGUGAGGGCCCUCCCUCCUGCUCCCCUCCCGCCUGCGCCACCACCACAGCCGGUCGGAUGCGCUGCGUCAUCUGCCACCGCGGCUUCAACUCCCGCAGCAACUUGCGCUCCCACAUGCGCAUACACACUCUGGACAAGCCCUUCGUCUGCCGCUUCUGCAACCGCCGCUUCAGCCAGUCGUCCACGCUCCGAAACCACGUGCGCCUGCACACCGGCGAGCGGCCCUACAAGUGUCACGUGUGUCAGAGCGCCUACUCUCAGCUGGCGGGCCUGAGGGCGCACCAGAAGAGCGCGCGGCACAAACCGGUGGCGCACGCCGCGGAGAUUUCAUCCAAAGUGUCCCCUCAUCCCCCACAGAUGUCGGCCACGCCCCACCACCAGCACCACCAGAUGCCCCCCAUGGUGCACCACAUCCCCACCAUGGUGCUAUGAUGACAGAAACAGGGAGAGACAGUCACGCAGAACAACGUUGCACUUUAGAUUAUAGGAGAAGUAAAGGGGAUCCUGCUGAGACAGUCCUUCACUAAGGAACUAAAUGAGUUGAUGUGAUAGAAAAGCAUCUCACAAAGACAUUUGACUAUGUUGCCUUAUUUGUAUUGCUUGUUUCAUUGGCUAUCACGUGAUCAAAAUUCCAGCAGAAAGAUGUUUUAAUGAUUGUCUGUAUUUUGGAAAGCUGAACAACAACUCUGAAGAUUUUACAAAUAAGUUGUUAUUCUCGGUGUUAUCUUUAAACCAAGCGUCAUAUAUAUCACUACAAAUGUGAGAUAUUUUCUACAUUUUUACACUGUUUAUUUCGCAUCACAUCUUCACCAGCUCAGGUGAAAACAACAGUCAGAGAUUUGUACAGUAAGAAGAAACUAAGUGUACAUUGUUUCAGCUGCAUCCAUCCACACUGUAAACUGAAAUUGUCACUUUAACCUUGCACAGACUGUAUACUAUACUGUUGUGUAAUUGUAAAAUUGUAUUGUAUACUACAUGUGAAUGUAAAUACAUUUGUGCUUUCUUCUAUUCUAAAUAAAUAUGAUAUGAUAUUACA